UUUUCAGUUUCGUUGAGUGUCUUUUUUAUUGCAGAACUUAUAAUUCAGGGAAAAAGAAACACUCUUAGGAACAUUCGGGUCGUCCAAAAAUAGCUUUCUGUGGGCUUAAUAACUACAUUCUAUUUUGUAAAGUGAAACGGGUUAACUAAAACAUUUUAUAAACAAUAGCCUCGUGUAGUCUGCUUUCAUGUGGACCUACAUUUUGUUGUCAGAUUAUUUACGCGAGAUCUGGCAACCCUCUGAGUUAUAUCGAGCUUUUUGGUUUCUUGUUUAUAUAAACUAGAAAUCAUGCUUUCGUUUCAUUAUGAACUUUCAUUUUCUCUUGAGAGAGGUAAGCACGCGUUGCUCAACUAGUUCGGCGUUUCAGAUUAAUGCGCCUUGUAAAGUUUUUAAAAGUUUGUCUUUGUGGUCUGAGAAACUUAUUUUGGUGGCUAACGUUAUUUCCAAGAAAAGCAAUGUUUUGGCAGAAGAAGUCCGACUCGGACUCUGAUGAUGGUUGUGAGUAUGACUCCACGUGGGAGGACGAAGUUAAAACUUUCAAAAAGAAGAAAAAGAAUCUGUUCACAAGUAGUCGCAGGAACAUGUAUGCUGCAAGGGACAUGCAAGAGUUUCGGCGUAGUUGCACAAUCUUGGAUGACAGCACACCAAAAAUGAGGAAAACCUCUUACAGUCACUCUCCAACAACCCGUUACCAGGAUCACUUCUACAACCUGGACUUUUAUAAAGGUUUAAUGAGAUCAGUGCCAGAUGGUGUAAGCAUUUAUGAAUUUCAUAAAGAAUGGAAGGGUAAAUAUGAUAGACUGGAAAGGGUUCACUCCUAUAUUCAGUGGUUGUUUCCAAUACAAGAGAAAGGGAUGAAUUGGGAAGCACAUGUCCUUACAAAAGAAGAAAUCAAGCUUUUUCGUAAAGACAAAGCAGCCAAGGACAAUUUGUUGAAAUCAUAUGAACUCAUGUUGGAUUUCUACGGUAUACGCUUGGUCAAUAGUUACACUGGAGAGGUAACACGUGCUUAUAACUGGAGGGAACGAUUUGACAACCUGAACAGAAAUACGCACAACAACCUUCGGAUUACACGCAUCCUGAAGUGUCUUGGGACGCUCGGAUUUGAGCGUUUUCAGGAAAAACUGGUCAGGUUUUUUGUCCAAGAAACUCUUGUAGAGAAGAGGCUUCCAAAUGUGAAACAAAGUGUACUAGAUUACUUCAUAUUUGCUGUUUUAAACAAGUCAGAAAGAAAGGAUCUGAUUAGGUUUGCCUUUUGUCAUUAUCAGCCUAGAAAAGAUUUUGUGUGGGGACCCAAAAAGAUUCUGUCACGCACAGCAAUGUAUGACUGUGCAAGCAAUGAAACCGAUGUUUCAGGAUAUGAAUCUAAAGCAUAUGAGGAAAGGAAAAGAACACCUAGUAGCAGCAGUAACACUGAAGAUAAUUCUAGAAAUUUUACCAAUGGGCAAAAAAGUGAGUCCAGUCAGAGCAAUCAUGCAAUGCGUGAAGAAAACCCAGAUGAUCAGAAAACCUCCGAUAAAGGGCAAGUUAAAGGUGAAGUCCAUCAGGUCAGCUCAAAGAGUCCACAAGGUGGAGAGAAAAAUGGUGUUGGUAGUCAUGUUCUGAAUCGCCAUAAGUCUAAUAUUUUUUGAAACGUGAGGUGUGAAGAAAAAUCUGAUGUAGAAAUUAAGUUAUAAAACUAAUGGCAAUGUAAAAGAAUUGUUUGUGUUAGUUUCAUAAGGUUUGAUUUAAAUUUUGAUUUAAUAUCAGUUACUUCUGUUUGCAAGCUGAUAGAUAACAGGAGAUUAUAUUCUACUGGCUAGGUAUACAAACAUGAUGUUUUUUAGUUUGUUAGGGAUUCUUUUGUUUAAAAAAAAAUAAUAACAUUAGUCUCAUAACUCAGUGGUUCCCAAACUUUUUCAGCGUGCGGCCCCCCUUGUGUACGGUGCAUUCCUUCGCGCCCCCCCCCCCCCAAAACAAUUUGUGACAAAAAACUGUUCUAAAACUCAACAUUUUAAUAAAAAAACAUUAAAUUAUACAAAAAAGUAGUGCUUUUGGUUAGUAGCCUUAUUUUUUUUAGGUUUAAUUACAAAGAAUUUAUGAUAAAUCAAUGUAUUUCAUAAAAUGUCUUAAAACUGGGGCCCCCCUGGCACCAUCUCGCGGACCCCCUGUGGGCCCCGGCCCCCAGUUUGAAAACCACUGUCAUAACUGACAAAAUUAUAUUUAUAGAAGUGAUUACUUGAGAAAUGAAGUAAUGAAAUUUUUGGUUGUAUGAAAAAGGAAUAUUUGUUAUUGAUGUAAGAUUAAAAAAGUUUAAUUUAAAAACCUUUUUGCUUAUUUAAAAAAAACAUAAAACAUGUUAUAAAUAUGAUGGUCUUCUACUGUUUUCACUAUUGAAGCUAAUAAAAUUCUAUUACCACAAUGACAG